CAUCACAGUACAAGCCAAGCCAAAGCCAGAGACCAGCAGGACCAGGUAUGUAGGUGUAUGCAAGAGUGAGCCCACCGUGUCCACUCACGUUCACACACUAGCCACAUGGAGCGUCCGGCGCCGGCGCCGGAGUCGAUGCUGCUCGACGAAAAGCCCCCCACCGCAGUGGCCUGCGAGAAGAAGCAGCAGGAUGGGGAAGCGCGGUACGCGGAAGUGAAGGGCGCGAUGACCGGUCACAUCAUCUCCACCACCAUCGGCGGCAAGAACGGCGAGCCGAAGCAGACGAUUAGCUACAAGGCGGAGCGCAUUGUUGGCUCUGGUUCGUUUGGCAUCGUAUUUCAGGCUAAAUGCUUGGAAACUGGAGAGGCUGUGGCCAUUAAGAAGGUAAUACAGGAUCCACGGUACAAGAGCCGUGAGCUGCAGCUUAUGCGCUCGAUUAACCAUCCCAAUAUCGUCUGCCUCAAGCAUUGCUUCUUCUCGACCACAAGUAGAGAUGAGCUGUACCUCAACAUUGUCAUGGAGUUUGUCCCCGAGACGCUAUACCGUGUGCUCAAGCACUACAGUAAUGCCAAACAUGGGAUGCCACUUAUCUAUGUGAAGCUUUACAUGUAUCAGAUAUUCAGGGGUCUAGCUUACAUUCAUGCUGUUGGAGUCUGUCAUAGGGAUUUGAAGCCACAAAACGUUUUGGUGGAUCCUUUAACCCACCAAGUCAAGAUCUGUGACUUUGGAAGCGCAAAAGUUCUGGUGAAGGGUGAGCCUAAUAUCUCAUACAUAUGCUCACGCUACUACCGUGCUCCGGAGCUAAUAUUUGGUGCAACUGAAUAUACAACGUCCAUAGAUAUAUGGUCGAGUGGUUGUAUUCUUGCAGAACUGCUCCUUGGUCAGCCAUUAUUUCCAGGAGACAGUGCAGUCAACCAGCUUGUAGAGAUAAUCAAGGUUCUUGGUACGCCAACUCGAGAGGAAAUACGUUGCAUGAACCCAAGCUAUACUGAGUUUAGGUUUCCACAGAUAAAAGCUCAUCCUUGGCACAAGGUUUUCCACAAGAGAAUGCCUCCUGAAGCGAUAGAUCUUGCUUCGCGUCUUCUUCAGUAUUCACCAAGCCUCCGUUGCACUGCGCUUGACGCAUGUGCACAUCCUUUCUUUGAUGAGCUUCGGGAGCCUAAUGCACGCUUGCCAAACGGACGCCCGUUCCCACCUCUGUUCAACUUCAAGCAUGAACUGGCCAACGCUUCACCAGACCUCAUCAACAGGCUUGUACCUGAACAUGUUCGGCGACAAGCUGGCCUCAACUUCUCGCAUGCCGCUAGCUAAAUAUGCAUCUGCCCCCUGCUCAACCUUGCACCUUGUUGUUUUUGCUGAUGGUCGAAGGGCGGUAUAGAUGGAGAAGCAGACCAGAUGAUCCCUCCAAGUGUUACAAUGUCAGAUUGCAUCUUCAGAAGCACCGCCCGAGCACCCAAGAAGAAACAACCGUGCAAAUUAUCUUAUAGGGGAGGAGUCUUCACUUAGAGUAUUUGGUAGUUAAGUCGUAAUAUCAAAUUGGUGGGUACGGUUGAGGAGAUGAGAAGAGCAUAUCAAUAGGCCGUGACCCAAAGUUAUCUUUCGUUUUUUGCCCUAUUGUAAGACUUUUAGUUUUAUAUAAUAUAGUGCAGCCUUAAGCUGCCCCCUGUUUCGUUUUCCA